AGUUCUGCAUUCUUUACAGAGACUUGAACCUGUUGACACACUUUUGCCCAAACAUACGAAUGUGCCCACAGUGGCCCAGACUGACAGCUGGAAGAACGCGAAGCAGGAGUGGCAGAUCAUGUAAGGACAUCUUGACUAGAUAGUGAAGUUUGACAAUUCAAGAGCAGACACGCUGCUGAGAACACAUUAGAAGAGUUGACAGAAUAGGCAGAAGAAGGCAGAGCAGUGGGGGAGGGGGUGGGAAAACAAAAGGCGGUAUGACCCGACCUCCUAAUAAUGAUAACCUUAUGACCUUCAAGUUGGUCGUAGUCGGUGAUGGAGGUGUUGGAAAAAGUGCACUCACCAUACAGUUCUUUCAAAAGUUAUUUGUCACUGACUACGAUCCUACCAUCGAGGAUAGUUACAUUCAACAUACAGAGGUAGACAAACAAUGGUGCAUUCUAGAUGUGUUAGACACAGCUGGUCAAGAAGAAUUCAGUGCCAUGCGUGAACAAUACAUGCGCAAGGGUGAUGGGUUUCUAUUAGUGUAUUCCGUGACCGACAAACAGUCGUAUGAGAAUAUCAUGAAUUUUUAUACCCAAAUACUUAGGGUGAAGGAUAGGGACGUAUACCCCAUGCUUCUAGUAGCCAAUAAAGUUGACUUGGUACAUUUGAGAAAGGUUACAGAGGAACAGGGAAGGGAACUGGCACUUCGUUUGUGUAUACCUUACAUUGAAACUUCUGCCAAAGAUCCACCGUUAAAUGUAGAUGCAGCAUUUCAUGAGGUCGUUCGUAUUAUCAGAAAUCAACCUCCGACCGAAUUGGAGAAAAACCGGAGGAAACGGAGACGUUCAGGGAAAUGUAAUCUUUUAUAAAUGUCGAAAAUAUCAAGCAAGUAUUGGGGUUUUGCAAAAUGAAACACACCUGCCAGAAAGAAACAGAAUGGGUCUUCUGUUCUCCAUCAUAUACAUAUAGAUUACUAUGACUCGUACAUUUUUCAUUUUUUUUCUAUACACAUAUGAUUUCGUAGUACUAAUGAGCAUCAAACGAUUGAUAUUCCACCCCUGUAUAAUAAGUGUACAAAAUAGUAAUGAUAAGUCAUGCAUUGAUCGAAAGGAAAACAAUGCCACCUGUCUUCAAGGGGCGACUAGAUUUUUUAAAAGAAAACCAAUUCAGUAUCGGUUUAAGACUUGAAAAAAAAAAAAAAAAAAAUGGAAAAAUUCGUUGGAGAUAUUGACUGUUCAUCAUCUUGAUAAUAUGAAACCGCAUCUCUGUACGCGCGUACACAUCAAUUUUCUACCAUCGACGAAACACUAUGGAAUUGAGCGUUUUUUAUUGCACAAUGCAUACAUAAUUCUAUAGAAAAUCUUUUUACUUCUUCACGUAAGAUCUUGUCAUGAAAUGACUAUAAUGGUUUCGUAUAUCGACUCAGCUCAUUUUUUAAACAGCUGUCGAAAAUCAUAGCUUUAAGCGUAUUUAUUUGUGUUCCAUUAAAUUAAGUGACUUUUCUUCCGAACAUUGUUUUCCUGUUGUGAUAUAUUUUACGACGUCACGUCGUUUCAAGUAUUUGUCUUCGUACUACAAUUUUUUUUCGAACAAUUUCACGUGAAGAUUUUUUAUUACGCGUGUAUAAUUUAUCGCACAGUUUUCAUCAAGUUUAUUUCUUAAAUGACGUUUACAAUUUUUUAAGUUAACCAGUUUAGGUUUUAUUAGCGAUUGUGCAUUAGGCGUUCGGAGCCUAAUGAGUAAUUAAUAUUCUGAAUCAGGAAUAAAGUAUUCAAUGUGAGGCAGUAUUGCCUCUGCUAUUAGAUUAUUGGCUUUCGUGCACACAGAGGUCUGAUGUAAAACAUCUAUCGUAUUUAAAUUUUCAAAGAAGCAACUGCGUAAAAUAUUGAUUUUAGAUAGCCAGCGCCGCCAGACUAGUGCAUUAUUAGAUAGCUCCGUUUUAUUUAGACAUUGUGCAAUCAGCAGAAUAUUGCUUUCGUAAUACAGGAAAAAUUUUACUAGCAUCGAGUCGUUUUGUUCUCAUAAAUUAUCUUAGAUUUAAAACGUUUUAAUCCUAUUGAGUACAAUUCGCGAACUUCGAUUAUGUCAGACCUUUUUAUAUGUAUUAAGAAAAUGAUGCCAUGGCCUACAUUAGUAUUUAAACGUAAAAACGAAAAAAAGAAAAAAAAACGAAAGGAACAAAAUAUUUGAUCUGCCCCUAAGAAAGGGGGCUCACGAGUCAAAAAUCAACUUCCGGUUUCAUUUAUGUAUAAUUCUAAACCUUAAAUCUUUAAAUGAAAUCGUUUGCACUUAAAGGUUAGAUUUUGUAAAAGUUAUUCGGAAAAUACUUUUUAUUUUUUUCUAAAAAAAAAAAAUUGAACGAAAGAUAUAUUUUAAACUUUAAACACGUUAUUCUAUAAACAUUGUUUUUGCUCGUAAGCCCCCCCUUUCUUGGGGGGCAGAUUACAUAUAUACAUUUAAGGACACUCUGCGCGAGUGUUCGUGUAAAUAACUCGAGCGACACGUGACAUUUAUUGGUAAAACGAAACAGCACGAACGUUCAACUCGUUACCGCGUGCUUAAAUAAUUAGUUCGAGUUAUUUAUAGUGUGCGGAGGAUGCACGUUAAUGCGAGACGGGAGGCAGUUUACAAAUCGCCCCAAGAUCGUUGUUUACAAAUUUUGUCCGUAGCGAGCAGCGUUUUAAUUUCUCGCCUUUGUGCCGAAAGUUCGAGCUUUACUUUACUCAUCGGAGUUCGAUCACGAUUAUCACGUAUUAGUGUACGCACAAAGUGCUUUUCCUACGUGUAGGACACGGUGAGAAACUGAAUAGUAAUUUAAAACGUUACGAUACGUAAACGUGCAUAAAACGUCUUGGCGCGACCGAUUAAUUCUAACAGUGAAACAUAUUUGCCUUGAGAUAAAAAUAUAAUCUGUAUUAUCAACGGUAAAGAUUAGCGAAGGGAUCCGGAUAGUUUGCCAUACGUAGGAAUUUUGCUUAAAUUUUCUUUAAUAGCGAAUGAACGUUAUCGUUUUGUUUUAUAUUGAAUAAAUCGACCGUCGAACAGCGUUCACCGUUAUCGAUCGACGUAGGCAUGCGAAAUAUUACGAAGUUAGGAACAAGAUAAAAGAAAAAAAAAGAAAAAGAAAGAAAAAACAAUGCAUUUUGCUCUGUUGAUAGUUUCGUUUGCCGACGAGUGAUUCGUAAAAUUAAGAGCGUCGCUUUGACCGACGUAUUCCCGCAGAUUUGACGAAAGCUCAAUGCAUAGUUUAAAAUUGCACCGCGCCAUUAACGAAUAACGAUUGUACAAAUUUUUCCGAAACAUUCACACGACGUCGCGAAGUUAUGGUUCCGUUCGGGUUCGUAGUACGGUCCGUGCUCGUGAAUUUUAUCGUUGUAACACGUGCAUACGUAAAAUUAACAAGUUGUACAGCGCGAGUAUAUUAAUUUCGCGUGUCCGUAAAAUAUGUCGAAUUUGUGGACGGCUGGUUUGAUUUCCAUAUGCGCAGCGAAUCCUGGAUAACUGCGAGGAACAUGAGUCGAGAAGUCUGGUCGUUAUAAAAGCAUGGUUAAAUUUCAGUUCCCAGAAAGGCACGAGUCGAGCUACGGCGUUCGGCUUUGUACUUUGCCGAACAUAGACAAAGACAGAGUACGAAGGAUUAUAAGACUAACACAAUAUGAACUUAUUUAUUUUGUAUGCUUUGUUAAUGGAAUUUUUAUCAAUAUAUUUGUAAGGUUUUUCUGAUUAAAAUAAGACCAAACGCGACAUAACUUGGAUCAUAUUUGCGUAUUUAAUGAGUGACAAUAACUCAAUUUUUUGGCACUCGCGAACACGAUCUUGUAUUCAAUUAGAGAUAGGUUAAAAGCAAAUUAUAUUGUGUUUGGUCUUAUUUUAAUCGGAAAACUCUCACAAAUACAUCGGUAAAAGUUUCAUCUUGGCAUUAUGUAUUAUGUCUGAAUCGUCUCACCGAUAUUCGAGCCCAGAUCAGGUUACACCGAUCUGCUCGACGUUGAGCUUUGAAGUCCCCUUCUCAGUAGUAGAUUCGAAGUUAUCCAAGCGUUGCUGUGUUACCACGGACAUAUUGUUCGCCCAAAACUGUUUAGGUGUUUCCCUCGCGCGUUUAAACAAAUCGCUGCUUCUUGAAUGUAUGUGUUGUGAAUUAUGUUGAUCGUACUGUUAUCGUUUAAUAAGUACUACAUGUAUACAUACAGGGCGUGCUAAUAUUGAUAGUGCAAACGUUGAGUACGUACAUUACUCAUAAAAAAUGAAUGAAAAAAUGUUGGUCAACAUGGGUUUAAAAAUCAACUGUUCAAAAUAAGCAGAAAUGUGUGAUACAAGACAGUUGUUAUGUGUUAUUUGGUAGUGAUUGCUAUGUCAGUCUCCCCAGAGAAAUUUAUUUGUUUAACUUCUUCAAGAACAGAUCAAUUAUAUAGAAACAUACUAAUGAACAAAAUUGAACAAUAAGACUAUGUUCGAACAUAAAGUUUUUAAACCUAACCAUGAAAUGAAAUUCUUCUGAAUUGUAAAUUUCUAAACCCACGUUCACUAAGGCUUUUUUCAGUUAUUCCGACGAGUUUGGACUAUCAAUCUUCAGCAGAUUUUGUAUAACUUUAUACGGCCAUUCACGGUUAUUGUAUAUAACGUACUUAUUAAAAACGCCGCUUCGUUUAAUGCCCGUGCAUUCAAUGGUAGAUGUUGCAUCGCGAAUAUAACGUGGACCAUCGGUUUUUACCGAUCGAUUGAAAAUUUCUAUGUAACGAUAAUUGUAUCGUCGACGAGCGUUGCGUAGAUCCGUUUAUUGAUAUUAAUAUACCAGCGUUCAUCGUGAAAUCGAUAUUCCGAUAUUUACGCAUAAAGUUCCAUUGUUUCUUUUCGCGGGAAGUUUUUCUUGUAAACGGAUCACAUUGGAACGCGUAACAGUUUCCGCAUUAAGAGUCACAAUCUAGUUUGAACAGAGGUUAAAGCAGCGAUUAUUGCAGAAGAGAAAAAGAAAGAGGUUAACUGUGUACGUCGCGCGUACGUAUCGCGCGAUGUUUUAGAGACUCAGGAUAUUUAGCGUUCCUCGCAUGUUUUAAUAAUCUGUAACAAAAGCGCUACACGUUUUUUAUCGCCGUCCAUGAGAGAGGAUCGUGACAAGAACAGAGGGAAACGGAAGCUCACCUGCGGUUAUAUAUACGCGAGACACGAAAAUUAGAUACGACCACGAUGCACAUGCAUGAUCAGGCCCGAUGUUCUUCAACGUGGAACGAAGGGAACGAUCGAGAAGCCAACGGUCGACGUUGAAGGGACCAUCGGCGAAAUCGCAAAAAUUCGUGACGUUAGCGUGCACGCUUUUAGAAAAAAAUUACAAAGAAAAUGAGACGACGACGAGAUGGUUUAUCUGUAAAAUAGUCAAUACGUUGAAUCAUUGUGAUAUACCCGAGUACGAGGAGAUACGAUAUAUGUAGCGAGUGCUGUGGUUGUGAGAGCCAGAAGUCAGACUUGGACUAUACCAUGCAAAACGUUGGAAUUUCUUUUCGAUGAUAUAUCGAAGGGUCGACACUGAUAUCGUUGAUCGUAUGAGAUCGUUGUCCAAACGAAAAACGAAAGAGAAUCGAAAAUAUGGAACCUUCUGACUUUCGCCAUCGUUUCCCUCUAGUAUUUACUACUCGUUGCCACACACAAAACUACCGCACGUGUCAGUAUAGCUGUAUACCGUUAACAUGUAACGAUACGAUGAGAGAAACAAAACAAAUCAUUAAAUGACGCACAGGUAACAAUGAACUACGCGAAUAUAAGAGAGUAAUAAGAUUAAGUAUGGAGUACGAUCGUUGCCACCGUUUUUUGUCCUAUAGAUAACUACGAAAGGUAUAUAUAUAAAUAUAUAUAUUUUGAAAUGAAAACAAAAAAAAUUAAAAUUCCUCCCACCCGACGAUAGUUAUAUUAUAUACUUAUAUUAUAUACGAGAGAUAACGACGUAUUAUAUACAUAUAUAUGCGUAUGUAUAUGUAUGGAAAUAAAUGUGUGUGUAUGUUACAUACGCGAUGCGUGCGAUAUACGCGUACGUGGUACACGUACCGUGAUUUCUCUGUAUGCGUGUACGUAUACGCUAUGUGGACGUACGUAUAUUUUUUGUUGUUGGAAGUGUGUGUGCGAGCGUGCAUGCAUGUGUGCGACGCGAGCGUGUCACUAAUUGUGCAGGUCACUGUAUGAAGUACACAAUUGAUAAUAAAUUAUAAACACGUGUUUACAAAAAAAAAAAACUCAUAGUAGAAACAU